GUGCUGGGAUUAUAGGUGUGAGCCACUGUACCCACCUAGGCAUGCAAAUCUCUGGAUUUGAAGAUUUGCUGUGCACCCACAUGGUGUGAUGUAAAUACGAUUGCAGGCUCAGAACCUUCAGUCCCUACCCCAGUAAUGUGGUUGGGACAUUGGCACUGGACUGUCUGUGGAAAAGUGAGGUGACCUUCCUACUUCUCACAGCUGGUAACUGUCCUAGCUGGGUGUGAGUCUUAGGUCUUUGCCCUCCACGCGAGUACUUUGGGCCUUCCCACUAGUAGGGGAGGGAGGGACAGGACUCAGGCUGGAUUCUCACAAUGCUGUGCUCUUCCAGCAGCCAUGAGGGGCCAGCAGAGCCUGCUGCUGGGCCCGGCCCGCCUCUGCCUGCGCCUGCUUCUGCUUCUGGGCUACAGGCGCCGCUGCCCACCUCUGCUCCGGGGCCUGGUAAAGCGCUGGCGCUACGGCAAGGUCUGCCUGCGCUCCCUGCUCUACAACUCCUUUGGGGGCAGUGACACCGCUGUUGAUGCUGCCUUUGAGCCUGUCUACUGGCUGGUGGACAACGUGAUCCGCUGGUUUGGGGUGGUGUUCGUGGUGCUGGUGAUCGUGCUGACGGGCUCCAUUGUGGCCAUUGCCUACCUGUGUGUCCUGCCCCUCAUCCUCCGAACCUACUCAGUGCCACGACUCUGCUGGCAUUUCUUCUAUAGUCACUGGAAUCUGAUCCUCAUUGUCUUCCAUUACUACCAGGCCAUCACUACUCCGCCUGGGUACCCACCCCAGGGCAGGAAUGACAUUGCCACGGUCUCCAUCUGUAAGAAGUGCAUUUACCCUAAGCCAGCCCGAACGCACCACUGCAGCAUUUGCAAUAGGUGUGUGCUGAAGAUGGAUCAUCACUGCCCCUGGCUGAACAAUUGCGUGGGCCACUAUAAUCAUCGGUACUUCUUCUCUUUCUGCUUUUUCAUGACUCUGGGCUGUGUCUACUGCAGCUAUGGAAGCUGGGACCUUUUCCGGGAGGCUUAUGCUGCCAUUGAGAAAAUGAAACAGCUCGACAAGAACAAACUACAGGCGGUUGCCAACCAGACUUAUCACCAGACCCCACCACCCACCUACUCCUUUCAAGAAAGGAUGACUCACAAGAGUCUUGUCUACCUCUGGUUCCUGUGCAGUUCCGUGGCACUUGCUCUGGGUGCCCUAACUAUAUGGCAUGCUGUUCUCAUCAGUCGGGGUGAGACUAGCAUCGAAAGGCACAUCAAUAAGAAGGAGAGACACCGGCUACAGGCCAAGGGCAGAGUAUUUAGGAAUCCUUACAACUAUGGCUGCUUGGACAACUGGAAGGUAUUCUUGGGUGUGGACACAGGAAGGCACUGGCUUACCCGGGUGCUGUUACCUUCUAGCCACCUGCCCCACGGGAAUGGAAUGAGCUGGGAGCCCCCUCCCUGGGUGACCGCUCACUCAGCCUCUGUGAUGGCAGUGUGAGCUGGACUGUCAGCCACAACUUGAGUAUUCAUUCUGCUUCGUACGUUGGGCCAAGGGCAGCUUUUCUUGGAAUCAGUGAUCAAAAAGAGCCAAUGGGCCUGCCUCAGAGUACCAUGCAGGGACAACUCAAGGACAGCCUUUUGGCCACUGUAGAAGACACAAUGUGAAGAAAUUUGAGGACUGGCAUCCUUUUACUCAGGCAAACAGAAGUUCCAGGCCCAGACUAGGGUCAGGCCACUGCCUCGCCCAGUGCUGACCCUGGCCCCUCCUGGUUAUAGCACCUCUUAGACUUGCUGUCUGAGAACACACCAGACUGGUACAGCUGAGAUCCCAGCUUCUCAACAGGGCAGAGUUACCAGACCUGCUGCUGAGGUCACUGCCACUUCUCAUAUGCUGCGGAAGGGAGCAAAAAUAAAGGUAUUUGAUUUUUAACAACA